AUGCGCGACAGUUUUUUCACCCCAACCCCGCAAUCGUUAACGUUUUAUAAUGCCUCUCUCUGUCUCUGUCUCUGUCUCUGUCUCUCCCUUUCUCUCUCCGCGUUCCCUGUAGAAGCCAAACCAAAGAGAAAGCUCUAGCUCUAGCUCUAGCUCUAGCUCUAGCUCUCCCUCGCUCUUUCUCUCCCAAGAAUUGAGGCUUCUCCGAUCAAUAUAUGGAGAGUAUACGGAGGCAAGCGAGCAAGCUCAGGGAGCAAGUUGCCAAGCAACAGCAGAUAGUGUUGAGACAAUUGGGACAUUUCAGUCAUGAAGCAGUCAUGGUUGACGAAGCCGAGCUUCAAUGUCACCAACAACUUCAGAAUUUGUACAAUUCUACUAAGGCAGCUAAGAAUUUUCAGCGGAAUAUUAUUCGUGAAAUUGAAGCCUUUGUUUCUUUGAGCUUAAAGCAAAUGGAGAUAGUAAGGAAGUUGGCUCAAGAUUGUUGUAAAUAUGGAGAUGAGAAUCAAAGCACUAGUUCUCCUCUUGCGAGAGCUUCACUUCAGUUUGGUACAUCACAUAUUUCAAUUGAGGAGGAAAGGGAGACUUUGCUUGGGAUCCUUCGUGAUCAGGUGUCUGAGCCACUACAUGCACAAAUAACAGGAGCUCCUCUGGAAGAUGCUCGCCACUUGACACGCCAUUACGAUAAAUCGUGGCAAGGAGUUGAAACCCAGGCAGCUGAAGUAUUGAGACGUCAAUUGAAGUCUACGGAGUCCUCUAUUUCUGUUGAGAGUUCAAUGAGGCGUGAGCAUGCAGAAGCAAGACUGACUGAGCUAAAAUCUAUAAUGAUGGCACUUGGGAAAGAAGCAACUGCUGCCAUGUUGUCAGUUGAGGGCCAGCAACAACAACUAACUUUUCAGAAGCUUCUUACCAUGGUGGAUGCUGAGAGAACCUAUCAUCAAAAGGCUCUUGCUAUUUUGGAGAAGCUGAAUGCUGAGAUGAUACUGGAGAAGCCACCAAAAGAGUUCUCAUUACCAUCAGAGAGAAUGCAGAGAGAUGUGUAUGAUCAGCAUGUGCGUGAAAAUAUCAAAUCAACUGGAUCUGGUAAUCAUGGACCGAUUGUUCAAAAUGAAAAGUUCUUUAAUGCAAAGGCUAUACAUUCCUUUGAUGCUCAAGCAGAUGGGGAGUUAAGCCUGUCAGUGAAUGAUUAUGUUGUUGUUCACCAGGUCGCCCCUAAUGGAUGGUCCGAAGGAGAAUGCAACGGCAAGGUGGGAUGGUUUCCCUCGGCUUAUGUAGAAAGGCAAGAGAAAGCACCAGCUAGCAAGCAGGGAUCAACAAAGUUGUACUCGCUGAAUUUUGGACAGUUCAGUAUAGUUAAGGUUUUGGAUAUGCAGUAAAUCUAUGCUUAUCUAGGUCACCUUGGUCUUGAGCACCAUGCAAGUUUUCCUUUCCUCAAUCACCAA